AGCAACAAAAUCGAAAUCUAGGGUUUGGGUUUUCGUCAUCGCCUCUCUCGCUCUCCUCUUUGCUUCUCCUCGCUCGCUGGGAUCGAGAAGUACUAAUCAUGGUGGCGGAGAAGACCGUAGUACAGAUCAGAACGAGGAAGUUCAUGACGAAUCGCCUCCUCUCUCGAAAGCAAUUCGUCAUCGACGUGCUGCAUCCUGGGCGUGCCAAUGUCUCCAAGGCUGAGUUGAAGGAGAAGCUAGCGGAGUCAUAUAGCGUGAAGGACCCAAACUCAAUCUUUGUGUUCAAGUUCAGAACUGCAUUUGGAGGAGGGAAGUCUACUGGCUUUGGUCUAAUUUAUGACUCAGUUGAGAGUGCGAAGAAGUUUGAGCCCAAGUAUCGUCUCAUUAGGAAUGGACUCGCUACCAAGGUUGAGAAAUCAAGGAAGCAGAUGAAAGAAAGGAAGAACAGAGCAAAGAAAAUCCGCGGAGUUAAGAAGACAAAAGCUGGCGAUGCUGCCAAGGGUGGAAAGAAGAAGUGAAGUACUCUUUGCUUGCUGCUGUGCUGCGUCUUCUCUUUUAUCUGGUUUUGUUUUGGUUCAGUAGAUGAGAUCCUUCUAUUUGUUUUAGUUUGGUUCGGUAGAUGAGAAUGUCUUAUCAAAUGUUUAGAGUCGUUAAUAGUAUAAUUUGGAACAACUCGUGACUUGUUGAUCAAGGCGAAGUUUUGAUUUCAGUCUUUUUAUUAUGAGUUUGUUGAUGAGAGCCCUUUGGUCAAGGGUAAUAUUUUUAUGGGUUUACGGCGUAUGGAGUGCCUGUAGUUCUAUUGUUAUGAAUGUGCUCCGUGAAUGAAAUUUUUUGACUAUUUAAUA